AUAAUCCGAACAGACUUCAGUCGAGCGUUGUAUGAAUCACCGUCAACAUCCGAUGAUGUUACCCGUCAUAUCCCGUUGGGCCGUUUGGGUGAGGCGGAUGAGUGCGCUGGAGCCGUUUCUUUUUUGGUAUUACUUUAG